ACAAGACAAAGUACCUGGUGAAUGUAGAAGGUGGAUUUGCUACAGAUGGGGAAGGACAGCGUAUGGUGCUUGCACGUACUGAUAAAUCUGCAGGUUAGUAAAAGCAUCUCGAUAAGUCAGGUUGGUAUUCACACACGAAGGUAGGUUGCAUCCGGCUGAGUCGGAGUAAUAGGAAGAAUAUGUAGAAUAUUGUGAGAUGCUGUUUGUCUGUUUCUGGAGAAAGCGUUAGACUGGGAGAUGACAAUAACAGGAUCGUGCAGUUAGGUAAAACUGUUGGAAAUGUAGAUAACGCCUUUAGAGGUUCUUAGCAGGCUUGCUAGCAAUGAUGAGACAUGCUUGUAGCAGUUGUCCUUCUAAAUCUUUUCUAUUCUCCAGAGGGGCCCUCUUUAUCUCAGCAAUUUCCAUUACAAAGAACUAUCUUUCUCCUGCCCUUACAGGACUCUUCCCGGUGGGUUUCUUUUCUUCACCCUGCUGUCAUUCCGUUUUACAGGGGCUCAUUUUAUAUCUUACCGGGAUCAAUUUAUAUUCCAUUUAACACUUGUAAACAGAAGUCAUCAGGUUUAAGUAGUUGUGUGCCUCUCAGUGCCUCACAUAUUCCGUCAGCUGUUUGUUUAUGUUUGCUUUAUUACUGGACAAGUUGUUGCUUUUGAGAAGAGGACACCCUCUGGAUUUGACGGAGCCUGACGUGCUAGGUGCGCUUAGGGAACGCAUCAGCCACGGUUAGUGUUCAACAGCAGAGCUCAGUACGAAAUCGGAGGAAGGAAGGAAGACCUCCGCUUUUCAGGUGAAGCGUGCGUUGCUGGAGCUCCAAACUCCAUCCUCCUUUUUCAGAUGCUCUGCUCCUAGUUGUUGAGAAUUAAGUGUCUGUUCCCUCCCCAAUAUGGGCAGAAAGCAAACAAAGAUGUUUCCCCUCCUCCAACGGUGAAGGAGAACCGAUUUGUCUAGGAGCUACCAUUCCAACACAUCAGUGGUCAGUGCAACGACGAUCUGUAAAAUAAAGCAUCUUACUCUUCUGGGUUUUGUUUCUUUGUUUUUAAAAGAUAGGCUCUUGGCUGACUGUAAGUGAACAGGCAAUAAUGACAAGCUAUAGUAAGUAUAAGCUUUCAAAGGAGGAGGGCAUAUUUCACUUUAAGCAGCGGAUUUGGGUAAAUGAUUGAUGUGCUUCUUCCGCAGAUCAGGAAUCAACAGCACUGCCCGAAAAAUGGGACGACAUGCAAAAUCAGCAGCUCAAAAUAGUGGAAUUGAAACCAGAUGCAAAAGACUACAAACAAGCGAAGGAAAGGUUUCUGAAGACCGCUCCAUCACUGAAUCUGAAAAUUGAAAAGAUUGAAAGGGCCCAGAACCCAUCUUUGUGGAAAGUCUACGGAAUAAAAAAGUGUCAGAUGGACGACAAAAACAGCGACAACAGCAAUGAGAAGUUUCCGUCCGGUGGGGCAAGCACAGAGUCGUUAACCUUCAUUAGCAACUGUGGAUUUAACCGCAGCUAUGCUGGAAUGCACGCUGCACUAUAUGAAAAUGGAACUUUGCUGUUCACGCCAGCUAUUCUGCUAAUGACGUCUACUCAAAACCAGAUGCGAACGCGGAGCGGGUUCACCUGCACACGCCGGAGGAGCGGAGAUACAGACCUUCUGGACACAAGUUCUCAUGUAAUACUCGUUCAGCGUAAGUGUACAAGGACAGUGGCAAAGGACAUCGUGGAAAUGAUGACAGAGUAAAUCUAAGGUCACCGAGUGCCUCUGCUACAGCGUUCUCCAGCAAGUUCCAAACCUCUUCUUCAAUGUAUGACCAGUUAGGACAAUUCAGUGCUGCAAUGGCAAAUUUGAAAUAAAUUUAACAUCAAGCUAUGCUAGACAA